AUGCCCUGGUGUAAGCAACAGGUGUUGGAGAUGCAUGAGAGAAGAGGGUACAUUAUAUUACAUAUGGUGGCAGUGUUCGAUCAUUCAACCCUUUUGGACACACGACUAGAAGUAAUUAAGGGAAUAUUCCCAAGCAUACCUGCUUUGACCCCAAGUGCUGAUAGGGUGGCCAAACUCCACAAAAAUGAGGAGGCGAAUGCCCUGAUACAUUUUCUACGGUGGAAAACUGAACCACCUUCCAUUACCCAAUGGAUAAACCAGGUGGAGGAAGUGAGGGUCAUGGAGGAACUUCACUGGUCCUCUAGGGGCCUCCGUGGUAAAUAUGUGGGGAUAUAG